AUGGCCCCCUUGGACGCCGCGUGCAAUGUGGUGUAUAUGGAUCGGUCUGCGCGACGGGAGCGGAUGGUGAGGAGGGGCGAGGCGAUCGCGGAGGAAGCGAGGACGGGGGAUGAUGAGGAGGCGAAUGAGGGCGCGAGGAGGCUGCAGGUUAAUGUGCAGACGCUGUUGGAGACGUUUAGUACAGUUUAUGUGUGUCCGACUGGAUUGAGUUGUUUGGCGCGCAUCGCGAGACUGAAUAAUGUGCCGACGGCGGGAUUGGUGCCUACGGUGGUGCUGAUUGAUAUACCUGAAGACGAUGACGAGAACGAGCUGAGGAUGUCACUGCCACAACACGAUGCUGGUAUACUUCCGGAGGCUGAUGGUCCUCCGAACAUAUAUGGUUCGCAGCUACUACGGCAAAUAGUUGCGGACGUGACGGAGAUAGGGGUGGCCAGCAUGGUGCUCCCAGUUGCUCUGAUACGGAGGCGCAUAGAAGCACCCACCAGUACGCCCAGGCCCAUCACACCUAUACGAACUAUAGAAAAUACACAAGCAAGCCAUCCUCAGCCGCUUUCGGAGGAUGUUGCAUUGAUGGAACUACAGCGAGAUCAAGUAUCCUACAUGAAGUACAUCGACCUUGGGGCUGUAGAUGUUCUGGAAAACCCGAUUCGCCGGGAGACACUUCCCAGCCUCGCCAUCCACAUCUACCGCGUGCACAAGGAGUUCCUACAGCGUGGGGAGCAUCUCACGGCUCCUACCCAAAAGCACCAGAGCCCUUGGCCUGGCGUCGCGACACCAGAGCCAUUCGCCUACAUGCGCGAGGUGAUGGUUUGUGAUCUCGCGGGUCAGAUCUGUGGCACGAUUGUGGAUCAUCCCAUCGAUCCGGUGAAAAUUGAAAUUAGCAAUUCGCGGAAACAAGCUAUAGUCAAAGCUAUAUCGGAAUGGGGUUUCUCAGCCCACGACCUUACAGAGGAUGAAUUGCUGCUAGCCACCGUGACGAUGCUGGAACAUGCGUUGUCGAUAGACGGAAUGGAGGAGUUGCGGUUACCCAAAGAUAAGCUGCUCAGGUUCGUCAUCGCCAGCCGUAACGGAUACAAUGACUUUGUGCCAUAUCAUAACUUCAAGCAUGUUGUCGAUGUUCUCCAGGCCGUCUUCCAUUUUCUUGUGCGCAUCGGUACUUUGCCGCCCUUCCCCCAGGGGACGAGGGUAGAGACGGAGCCCACGACGAGGUUGGUAGGUAUGCUAAGGCCGUUUGAGGCGCUAACGCUCCUAAUUGCUGCAAUUGGCCACGAUAUUGGGCAUCCAGGCGUGAACAAUAUGUUCCUUACCCGGAUCAACUCCCCUCUCGCGCGUUUGUACAAUGACAAAUCGAUCCUUGAAUCAUACCAUGCGGCGUUUUACUGCAACAUGCUGUCGAAGCUCUGGCCGGCUGUUGUCGAAAAUGAGGAAAUGAGGGAGUUGCUUACCAGCUGCAUCCUGUCAACGGAUAUGGGGAUCCAUAAGGAGUAUAUGGAGAAGUUGACGUUUCUGAAAAAGACAAUGGACGAGCUGCCCGAUAAUAAGGAAGUGGGCGAGAUGGAACUCAAAACAUACCGCGAAAUAGCGUGUAAUAUGCUGAUCAAAUGUGCUGACAUCUCGAAUGUGGCCCGACCCUACGCCUGCGCUGCCGUGUGGACCGACAUCCUGACCAGCGAGUUCUCGCGCCAAUCCGACAUGGAGACCCAUCUCAAUAUCCCCUCGGCCCUCUUCUCCCCGCCUGCCCGUGACAUGGUGGCCCUCGCCAAAAGUCAGACCGGCUUCAUGUCAUUCUUUGCGCUCCCGCUCUUCAGGGGCGUCGAGGAGCUCAUGCCCACGCUGGACUUUUGCGCCUUGGAGAUAGACCGCAACUUCGCGCACUGGACAGCGAAGUCGGAGGCGGCGAGGCAUGAGCUUGCCCGAGCGUCGUUGGGAGCUAGGGACAGGCAGAGUGGGAACGAUAGACCCGACAGCAGGAGCCCACCGGCCGCAGAGAGCAGCGCUGCGGGGGAGGCGAGGCGUCCGCGUCGUUGGGGUGGCCUACGGGGAGGUAGUGGAGCUGCCUUGGGUGAUCUGUCGACGGGGAGCAGCGCGAGUACCGACCCUAGCGACGUAGACGGCAUCGAUAUGCCGCCGCCGCUAUCUCGAGGCCAGCAACCACAAUCCAACAACAGCAGACCCAACUCGCGCCCCGUGACCUGGGACGAAGCCAGCGCCAGCUCGCGCCCGGCGACGAGCUCGAGCGCGCCCCGCGCCACCGCCCUCGGGAUGCCCGACGCUGCGGGCGGGCAGGUGAUGACGCACCGCCGCAGCGAGACGACGGACGGGAGCGCCGCCAGCGUGCCGGAUAGUGGGGGGUGGGAGGGCAGCGCGCGGACGGCCGAUAGCGGGAAGUCGGAGGAGAAGGCGGAGUGUAUGAGCACGGCGCGGACGAGCGUUGAGAGUUCCUCUGGGAUGAGGGGGGUUAAUGGGGUGGUGAAUGGCGGCGGCGCGAAGAGGAAGAGCCUCGUGGGGAGCGUGUCGACGCCGGAUUUGCGCUCGGACUCGAAGGGAAGGAUGAGGCGUGGCGAUGAGGCGGGGAGGAGGGAGCGCGAUCAGCAACAGCGCAGGAAGGGGGAGAAGAGCGGCGGUGAUAACAAUAACGGCGUGUUUGCGUCUAUGCGCGAGCUGACGAGGCGGCCGAGUCUGGGGAAGUUUAAGUUCUGGAAGAAGAGGGAGGCGGGUGGGGGUGGUGGGUUUGGGGGUGGGGGGAUGCACCAGGUGCAGCCGCCGCCGAUGCCGAAUGUUAUGGGGAGGAGGGGCAGGGAGGGGGGUGUGUCGGUUGGUUGAUGACUUUGAGGUGGAUGUCCAAAUGGUGGGGGGGUUGUUUAUAUGGUGUGUGGUCCGGAGUGACUGUAAUAUGUCUGGAUGCCGGGCGUUUUCAUGGCGCGCGAAGAACACACAGACGGCGUUUUUAUUUUUUUGAACGUUGUGUUUGUGUUUGUUGAGCCCACAACCACGACGACGAACUCCCCCCGCCUGCCGACUUCGACAUUAUUCUUUUAUACCUUUUUUGUUUUUUUGGGGUGGGGGGAGAAAGAGAUGGGAGAUGGGCGGACAAAAGGAGAAAUGAGCGAAAAGGGUGGGAAGGGUAUAUAUGGUUAACGGACGGACGGAUGUGGAUAUGGCUUUUAUGGCGAAAAACCCCGAACUCUUACUUACUCGAUUGAUGAUGAUGGGGACGGUUUUUUUUAUACACAAAACACAACGAGAUGAGGGGGUUUUACAAAGGGAAUGGUGUGGAUUAUGGUAUAGGACAUGACCUGACCGGAAGGGGGGGAAGGGGAAAUCGACAGUUGGCGGCUAUAAGGGGGGGAGAGGGUUGUACAUAGGUUUUUUUCUACGCCCUGCCUGCUGUGGUUUUUCUCCUUCCCUCGACGUUCUGUUGUAUUCCGGGUCGGGUGGCUUUAACUUCUAGUUUUUCUUUUUGUUUUUUUCUUCUGUCGAUAUUCUUUUUUAGAGGGGGG